AUGAAAUUUACGCAGGUGUCUUGUGCAGGGACUGUGCAGUUCGAUACACGGGUAACCACUGGAAAAUCAGGAGUAGAAGCAGAAACAGGAGCAGGAGUAGAAGUAGAGGCAGGAGUAGAAGCAGAGGCAGGAGUAGAAGCAGAAGCAAGAGUAGAAGCAGAAGCAGGAGCAAGAGCAGGCUUAAGUCAGGAUACAGCUGAUACCUCGAGAGAGGGCCAACCGGGAGCCUCACCAGAUGGCGCAUUUCCAGCAGAAUUUUCCCAAAUACACCAACGAGGAACUGGCGAAACUUCUAGCAAUUCUGCUGAUAGUUCUAGCCGAGAUUCGAAUAAAAAUCUAGAUGUCGGCAACGUCGAAGCAGGAAAAGGCAAGAGUCCCGUCUGA